CUGCUUCCUUCGGUCGGUCCACACAGCCCUGGACCCCAGGGAACAGGGCAGCGGGAGACGGGCCCUCAUUUUUGUCCCCUUGGAUUCCCGGAGCCUUGGAGGUGAUGCUGUCAAGGAGCCCCGCGAGCCCCCGGCCCACUUCCAGAGGAGAAUGUCGACAGGCGCCCUGCCCCCUGCAACCCCCCCAGCCCACAAGCCCCCGCGCAUCACCCGGCCUCGCCCCCCAUCCCGGCCCAGGGCCUCCUCGCCCCCUAGGGCUUCCAGCCCCUGCAAUGGGCAACCUUCCCUAGCCCCCCAACUGGCCUCGCCGAAUCCAUCUGCCACCCCCGCAGUCCAUUCCCCACACGUGUCCGGUCACAGAUCUCCCCAAGACCCGGCUUCCCCCUGCCCUUCCCCACUCCCAGCCCCCCGGGUGGCCCCUUUCCCCAGGAAAGCCCCCGGGACCCCUAAGGCCAAGAUCCCGCUUCCCACCCUGGCUGAGCCCCCCAAUCCCUCUCCACCCUCCUCUCCUGCUCCGUCUCCCCAUCUCCGCUCCUCACCCCUGCCUCCUCCCCCGCGGCCCUCACUCCCCAAAGCCCUGUCCCUGCCGCGUCCCUCGGUCCCGGGCACGGUCCGCCGGCUGGCCGGGAGGUUUGAGCAGGGACCGGGCCCCUCGACGGCCGAGAAGCGCAGAAACUCAGGGACCCCCCGGCCUCCCUUCCCCGGCUCCGACGGCGGGGCCUCGGAGCCCGGGUCGGGACGGGGCCUUGGCCGGAGUGAGGCUGAAGCCUCCCAGGAGAAUGGGCUUCUGGAUGCCCCCUCAGCCUGCCCCUCUCCCUGCCCCUGUGCCUGCCACAGGGCUCACCCUGGCAUGGAGCUGCGCUGGGUGGCCGUGGCGGGGGACGGAGAGGGCGUAUCGUGGGCCCGCCGCCCUUCCCGCUCCCGCCCGGCCCCCGCCAGUCCCCUCCUCAAUGGGCACCCCCCGGUUGUCCUUACCUCCUACCGUUCCACGGCCGAGCCGGCCCCCCCUCUGCCCCUCAAGCCCCCCAAACCCACCCGCCUCAGGCCCAGAGAUCUUCAGGACCCUCCGCAGGCCGACCAAGAUCUGACCCCCGAGGUGGACCACCUAGGGAUCAACACGGGUGAACCUGGACCCAACUCCCCAAGGGGAACCCCGCCUGAGAGGCCGCAGGAGCAGGAGACCCCAAAGGAGAAAGAAUGGGGGCUGCCGCUCCAGGACGAGCCACUCUACCAGACGUACCGAGCGGCUGUGCUGUCCGAGGAGCUGUGGGGGGGCAGCGAGGAUGGGGUGGCCCCUUCUCCCGUCCCCGGAGACCCCCCCUGCCUCCCCCGGCCUCCGGGGCCCAGAAACACCCUCUGGCAAGAACUGCCAGCAGUGCGGGCCAGCGGGCUCCUGCAGAGCCUCAGCCCCCAGGAGCGGCGCAUGCAGGAGAGCCUGUUCGAGGUUGUGGCGUCGGAGGCCUCCUACCUGCGCUCGCUGCGGCUGCUGACGGAGACCUUCGUGUUGAGCCCCUCCCUGAGGGAGACCCUGACCCCCCGGGACCAUCACACCCUCUUCUCCAGCGUCCAGCGCGUCCAGGCCGUCAGCGAGAGGUUCCUGGGCGCCCUGCUGGCCCGCGUGUCCCGCUCGCCCCACAUCGCGGACGUGUGUGACGUGGUCCUCAGCCACGCUCAGGGGCCCUUCUCCGUCUACGUCGACUACGUCCGCAACCAGCAGUACCAGGAGGAGACCUACAGCCGCCUCAUGGAGACCAACAGCCGUUUCUCUGCGGAGCUGGCUCGGCUCCAGAAUCUCCCCCUUUGCCAGCGGCUUCCCCUCCCCUCCUUCCUGUUGCUCCCCUUCCAGCGCAUCACCCGCCUCCGCAUGCUGCUGCAGAACAUCCUACGACAGGCAGAGGAGGGAUCGACCCGUGAGGAGAAUGCUCGUCAGGCCCUGGGGGCUGUCAGCAAGAUCAUCGAACGCUGCAACGCGGAGGUGGGACGCAUGAAGCAGACGGAGGAGCUGAUUCGCCUUAGCCAGCGGCUGCGGUUCCACAAGGUCAAGGCGUUGCCCCUUGUGUCCUGGUCACGACGGCUGGAACUUCAGGGAGAGCUGACGGAGCUGGGGCAGCGGGGCGGAGGGCCCCUGUUCGGCUCGCGCCCCCGCCUCACUCCCCUCUGCUUGCUGCUCUUCAGUGACCUCCUGCUUGUCACCCUGCCCAAGAGCGGCCAGCGGCUGCAGGUCCUGGACUAUGCCCACCGCUCCCUGGUGCAGGCCCAGCCCCUCCCGGUGCCCCCCGGACCCCCGACCUUCCGCCUCACCCUGCUCAGCAACCACCAGGGCCGUCCCACCCACCGUCUGCUCCAGGCCCCGACUCUGUCGGACAUGCAGCGGUGGUUGGGGGCCUUCCCCGCCCCGGGACCCCAGCCCGGCUCUCCGGACACCGUCUACGAGGACUGGGACUGCCCCCAGGUGCUGUGCCUGGAGCCGCACACGGCCGAGGAGCCCGAAGGCCUGAGCCUCGAGCCUGGAGAUCUGGUCAACGUGCUGCGCAAGAGCCGUGAGGGCUGGCUGGAGGGCGUGCGCCCCUCUGACGGGCAGCGCGGCCGCUUCCCGGCCCAGCUGGUGCGCGAGGUGCCCGGAGAGCACGUGCGGAGACGCCACCUGCGCCAGAGGCAGCUGCUGCUCCAGGCGGCCGGACGGCUCUGCCCCCCACCCGCCCCGGGCACCCCCAGGGUCCAGCGCGGGGGCCCCGCCUGAGGGGCGGACG